ACAAAGCCCCGCUCCAAGCUCCAAGGUCGCUCGCCGUUCGGCACUUGAACUGGCACCGACGGAUCCAAAGAUGCAUGACGUUAGAGUUGCAGUGCCAUUGUCGCACGCGCUCCAGGACCCAUGUUCGGAGCUCGACUGCGAAAUCGUCGCCCGCUUGGAUGCGUCGGCAUUUGUUGAAACUCCUUCUCAAAUGAUUUAACUAGGCUGCUCACGCUGUUAGCACCUCUGUAAUUUACUUCACAAUGGAUACCCUGCCUGCUUCCUGCAGGCUGCUCACAGCCCUUCCCUCGCGGCUAUGCGUCCGGCGAUCUAUUUCUCCAAAAUUGCGAGCUGCACGAACCCUGCCACCACGAUGGCGGCUUACAGGUCAAUUGCGCUGUAUCAGUGAGCGCGCACCGACAAUUGACCGUUCGAAAUCAAAGCUUUUCAAAGAUGCAGACGAAGCAGUUGCGGAUGUACAGCCUGGGUCCACCGUUCUGAGUGCAGGAUUCGGGUUGUGUGGUGUCGCAGACACCCUGAUCGCAGCGAUGAAGAAGCGUGGGCCAGAGUCAUUACAUUCGUUAACAGCUGUCUCAAACAAUGCUGGCAUUGAAGAUGUAGGAGGACUGGCACAUCUUACAAAGAACGGACAAGUCAAGAAGCUCAUUAUCAGCUUUCUCGGCAACAACAAGGCGCUUGAGAAGCAGUAUCUGAGCGGUGGUAUUGAGAUUGAGCUUUGUCCGCAAGGUACGCUUGCAGAGAGGAUACGAGCUGGCGGUGCAGGCAUCCCAGCCUUUUACACACCCACGGCGGUAAAUACAUUGUUGCAAGAUGGCCAGAUUCCGGCCAAGUUUGACAAGGAGGGUAAGGCUGUAGGCUACGGACAGAAGCGUGAGGUUAGAGAAUUCAAUGGCAAAAAGUUCCUCAUGGAGACUGCAUUGACAGGCGAUGUCGCUAUUAUCCGCGCGCACAAGGCCGAUGAAGCUGGUAACUGUGUUUUCAGAUACACCACCAAGGCUUUUGGACCCAUCAUGGCCAAGGCCGCACGCCUCACAAUCGUCGAAGCCGAGGAAAUCGUCCCUAUAGGCACCUUUGAUGCCAACGAUGUCGAUCUCCCUGGCAUCUUCGUCGAUCGCAUCGUACCAGCCACCGCCCCCAAAAACAUUGAGAUCAAGAAGCUUCGAAAACCCGCUGCCUCGAAAAGCGCCUCAUCCAAAGACGAAGCCGCCGAACGACGCGAUCGGAUUGCUCGUCGCGCAGCAAAAGAGCUUAAGCAGGGAUACUAUGUCAAUCUGGGCGUUGGUAUCCCCACAGCCGCAGCAUCCUUCGUACCAGAUGGCGUCAAGGUGUGGCUGCAAUCCGAAAAUGGCAUUCUAGGCAUGGGACCCUACCCUGCAGAAGAAGAGGUAGAUGCAGACAUUGUCAACGCCGGCAAAGAAACCGUAACCCUCCUCCCUGGCGCCUCAACCUUCGACAGCGCAGAAUCCUUUGGCAUGAUCCGCGGCGGCCAUGUCGACGUGUCUAUCCUUGGUGCCCUCCAAGUCAGUGCCUCUGGCGACCUAGCCAACUAUAUGGUGCCGGGUAAAGUUUUUAAGGGCAUGGGCGGCGCCAUGGAUCUCGUCAGCAAUCCCGACGCUACAAAAGUCGUCGUCACGACUGAACACGUUGCCAAAGAUGGAUCCAGCAAGAUCGUUCAGGAAUGCAAAUUACCGCUUACGGGAGCAAAUUGCGUGAGCACUAUUAUUACCGAUCUGUGUGUUUUUGAGGUGAAUAGGAAGAGGGGGACUUUGACGCUGACGGAGACGGCGCCCGGGGUUAGUGUUGAGGAUGUCAAGGCGAAGACGGAUGCGAAGUUUGAAGUCGCGAGUGAUCUCAAGACGAUGGAGUAAUAGUAGUGGCAGUUUCAUUUCUUUAUGUUGCAGUAGUAGCUCUUUGUACAUAGUGCGGUGUAGUGGGUAUACCUCCGUCCCCACCUUUUUCUUAUCUAGCAAGGUGCUUCAAGGUCGGUCUAGAAGCGCAACGCAUGCAUAUCCAGCGCGUAGUCACCUUAUCAACCCUCCCCCUCCGAAAUGGAAAACGUCGCAAAAAAGACACUUUCUGC